AUGGAGGGCAGCGGCGGCAGCGGCCCACGGGUGCUGGUGGUGGGCGCUGGGCUGGCGGCUCUGGGGGCAGCGCAGCGCCUCCGCGCCGCUGGCCACCUCCGCCUGCUGGAGGCCGGCAGCUGGGUCGGCGGCCGCAUCUGCACCCGCCCCUUCGGUUCAGGGCUGGCAGAGAUGGGGGCGCACUGGAUCCACGGGCCAUCAGAGAGGAACCCUGUCUUCCGCCUGGCCUCCCACUAUGGUCUGCUGGGCCCCAGUGCCGCUAAGGAGGAGAACCAGCAAGUAGAGGCUGGAGGGCACCCGCUCCUGCGCUCCAUCACCUACGGCAGCUCAGGGAAGGUGCUGAGUCCCGAGCUGGUGAACAGCACCCACACCCUUUUCUCUGACCUGCUUGAUUCCACCCGCAUCUUCCUCCAUGCUAACGGGCUCCCUGUGCCCAGUGUGGGCCAGUACCUCCGGGCAGAGAUCGCCCGACUGGCCCCCACCUGGGAAGGGGAUGAGGACACCAAGCGGCUCCGGCUGGCCAUUCUCAAUGCCUGCUUCAAGCUGGAGUGCUGCAUCAGCGGGACCCACAGCAUGGACCUGGUGGCCCUGGGGCCCUUUGGGGAGUACACCACACUGCCUGGCCUCGACUGCACGUUUCCACGAGGCUAUAGCAGCCUCCCUGAUCACAUGCUGUCAGCUCUGCCUGAGGGCACUGUCUUGCUCAACAAGCCAGUGAGGACUAUCCAGUGGCAAGGGUCCUUCCGUGAGGAUGGGGACACAGAGAAGGAGUUCCCUGUACUGGUGGAGUGUGAGGAUGGUGACUCAUUCCUCGCUGAUCACGUCAUCGUCACCGUCCCGCUAGGUUUCCUCAAAGAAUGCCACCAGGACUUUUUUCAGCCUCCUCUGCCUGAACGGAAAGUAGAAGCCAUUCGCUGCCUGGGUUUUGGCACCAACAACAAGAUCUUCCUGGAGUUUGAACAGCCGUUCUGGGACCCGGAUUAUCAGUUCCUCGAAGUAGUGUGGGAGGACGAGUCACCUCUUGCAGAGCCUAGCAUUGACCUGGAGGCCAACUGGUUCAAGAAGCUCAUUGGCUUUGUGGUUAUCCAGCCACCAGAACAGCAUGGGCAUGUCCUUUGCGGUUUCAUUGCUGGGAACGAGUCAGAGUACAUGGAGACCCUAAGUGAUGCAGAAGUUCUCAGUACCUUGACACGUGUCCUUCGUACGCUGACAGGGAACCCGGACCUGCCCGCUCCCAGGAGCAUACUCAGAUCCCGGUGGCACAGCGCUCCCUACACCCGGGGCUCAUACAGCUACGUGGCCGUUGACAGCUCAGGGGAAGACAUUGAUGUGCUGGCUCAGCCCCUGCCCGAGGACGCAUCUGACCCCAGGCCCCUGCAGGUCCUCUUCGCCGGUGAGGCCACACAUCGCACCUUCUACUCAACCACACACGGGGCCCUGCUAUCAGGCUGGCGGGAGGCUGAUCGCCUCAAUGACCUCUACGGGGCCACCAAGCCACCCUACCCUGCUCCCCGGCUCUGAUGUGGGACCUCAGGGGCUGACAGGUGGCAUAAACACACUCAGAAGAAUAAAUUCUUAUUUUAGAAA